AUGGUCAUGAUUUUGCGGCCGCGGCGCCCCCGAAUGGUGGUCGCUGAUGGUCACGUCUCCAUGGACCCGCCAGAGGACAUGCACUUCACCGCGGCCAAGCUGUGCCUUGAAGGCGAAAAGCCAUGGCAGGGCCUCGCGCACCUCGCCUUCGCGUUCGGCAUCGUUAUUCUGCAGUUGACGGUCGCAUGGUGCUUGUUCAGCACCAUGGGCAAUACGUACGGAGCCUGCGCAACCGCCAACGACUGCGGAAGAGCAAUGUGGUGCACAGUCACGCAGCAUCCAAGAAGUUCUUCGGGAGGCAUGUGUCUUGGAUGCGGCUUUCGCGACGGUUACAAGAAGGACCUUGCAGCCCAAUUCUGCCAUGUGAACGGCACCGCGUUGAGCAGCGCGGUUGCGGCGGAUUUGCAGCUGGCGGUGGAGGCGCCGGAUUCGCUGGACACCCCACAGCCGAUUUAUAUGACGCUGACCACGGCGGACGUCGACGCCUUGUGCUCGGAUUGUAUCAGCCCCCGCGGUUUCAUGCCACGACUGGCCAAGAUGAAUAUCAAAGGAAUAGGUGUGCGUGAGGGCGUGAUGUACGCGCUGGUGGCGGCCGCUUCGGCGCUCUGCAUCAUGGAGGAAUCGCUUGCGCUCUUCAAGACCUUGCUUUACCUCCAUCGUGUGCAACUGCCGGAUGGUAUGAGACUCGGGCUGUGGGGGCACAAGCGUCGAGCUUUACUGCUGCUUCAGACGGCCAGGGUAUUCACUUUGGCAAGCGUGCUCAUGUGCGUGCCGCUGUUCAUCCUGUUCGACUCCGCGGACGGCGUCUCGAUUCUUCUCAACACAGUCGCGUGCUUGUUCAUCCUCGAGCUCGAUAACUUGGCAUUUGCAUACGGGGUUCGGGAGCUGCAGCGGACUGAGAUCCUCGAGCCCUUCACGUGCUCGCUGGCAGAUGCGACCAAUGUAGAGCGCGCCAAGGAGCUUGUGGCCUUGGCCUCGCUUCUGGGCAUCAGCCUGGUGGGGCUUGGGCACGACAUGGAGUCAACUUACUUGGUUCUUCCGUGGGCACUGGUCAUAAUCGCCUGCACCAUAGGUGAGGCGCUGCUGACUUGCUGCAAGGGCAGGAAAGGCGUCGACGGCGGUGGCAGAGGCGUCUUUUCGUUAUUUAGCACGUGGUUGUUCAUCCUCGUGCGCUUGGCCUUGAUGUUUGUUCUGACCCUUGCGUACCCGAUCAUGUUCUCAGGAGGCACGUGGUGGAUACCGUACUAA